AUGACCAAUAUUCUGAGACUUUUUGGCAUUGUUCCAGGAUCCAUCGAACGAGACGCUGAACGCAUCUCUGAUAGGCGCGAGCGCUCUCGUGAAGAGGGGAUGACCAAUUCAGAGUCUCAGUCGAUGUUGAACGACGAAUUUGGUCGCGUGGAUCCCACGGGCUGGUUCCCACACUAUAAGAAUUGUGUUCAGCACUUUGUCGACUAUAGCCAGCACACACCCCAAGUGCAGUCCAUUGCCGCGUUUAUCAAUAUUCGACUACCCUGCCAGCAGCUUUCUGGGUGCAGUGCACCAGUGUCUCCAUCAACGCCAUCGUCCUUUAUUUCACUACGGCCAUAUAUCAGACGGUUGAUUGUCACAGCGCAGGACUCACCGAGUGUUAUGCAAGGUUUCUUCGGUGGUGACUGGGAGGCUGGUGUGGGCUGUAUCUACAAACAAGAGCGGGUGAAUUAUCUGUUCACGGCUAAGAGCAGUGGUUGGGCAUCUACAAAAGCCGCCUACGAUAUUUCUCCAGAAGAAGAGACCCCCUUCUUGAGACCCCUGCGCGACCCUUCGGAGGAUGAGAUUCGGGUGGCCGAGACGCGGUGGAGUGAAUGGAUGGCAAUGGAGGAUUGGAUGAUCGGAGCGCGCAGUCCCUGGUAG